AUGUUAACCCAGCGCGCAGGUGUAGGACGCAUAGAGCGGCAACGUCGCGUGCUAAUGAAGCACAAGUUGCUGUUGCUGCAUGGGAGUGGCAGCCAGUGGUUGCAGCAGCUGCAGCAGCAGAAUGCCCGCUGGCGUGCCACACAACGUCGCGGCACACGUCGUAACUUUCAGCAUGACGGCAGUUUCCAGCAGGCGGUAGCACCAGUGCUGCUGGUGGCGCAGUGCUUCUGCCUGAUGCCAGUGCAGGGAUUAAGUGCAUAUAGUGUGCGGAAACUGCACUUCACUUGGCGCAGCUGGCGCACUUGCUGGAGUUUGGCUUUCAUAGUCAGCUCGCUGCUGGAUACGGUCUUCAAUAUAAAUCUGAUGGCGCACAAUGCGCUGGAUGUGCGGAAUGUGGAGCCCAUUGUGUUCGAUGUGAGCAUAUUGAUGGGCUCGUAUUUGUUUUUGCAGCUGGCACGCCAGUGGCCGACGCUGAUGCAGCACUGGGCGAGAGUGGAGCAGCAGUUGCCCAGCUUUGAGAGCUGGCGGCAGCAGCAGCGUCUGGCGCGGCGCAUACGUCGCGUGGCCUUUGGUCUGUUUGGCAUUUCGCUCAUGGAGCACUUGCUCAGCAUUAUAUCUGCUGUAUACUAUGACUAUUGUCCGGCCCGUCGUGAUCCCAUUGAGUCGUAUUUCUACAAAUCCGGUGUGCAUUUCUUUCACGUCUUUCCUUACUCCAACUGGUUGGGCUGGCUGGCUAAGGUGCAGAAUGUGCUGCUCACCUUUGCCUGGAGCUACUUGGACAUCUUUGUCAUGAUCAUGGGCAUAGGCAUCAGCGAGCUCUUCUCGCGUCUCACACUACAUCUGCAGCCUUUGGCCUCAAGGUCGAUGCCCGAAAUAUUCUGGACAUAUGCGCGCACCCGUUAUCGCGCCAUUGUGGAGCUUAUACUCGAUGUAGAUGAUGCCAUAUCGGGCAUUAUGCUCAUAUCCUUUGGUAGUAAUCUGUAUUUUGUGUGCCUGCAAGUGCUCAAGAGCAUCAACAAAAUGCCUUCAGCUGUGCAUGCGGUAUACUUUUAUUUCUCCAUUUGCUUUCUAAUUGGACGCUCCGUGGCCGUGCUGCUAUACGUGUCCGCUGUCCACGAUCACUCGCGGGCGCCACUACGUCUGCUGCGCGAGGUCCCCAGGCAGUCAUACCAGGAGGAGCAGUGCCGUUUUGCCAGCGAGCUGGUCAGCGAUGAGAUUGCGCUUACGGGUUUGAAAUUUUUUAGCAUCACCAGGAAACUGUUUCUGAGCGUAGCUGGCAGCAUAGUCACCUACGAACUGGUGCUCAUACAGUUCCACGAGGACAAAAAGACAUGGGACUGCCACAGACAGCCGACAUGA